CCCAGCCCCAGCCCCACUUCCGCCCGGCCAGGGGAGUGCGCCUGCGCCGCCCGCCGCGGUACGCAAGCAUUUCCCUCCGUCAGGGCACGAGCGCCUCGCUCUCGCGGUCCGGUGCAGCUGAGGACCCUCCCUCUCCCGCUGGCUCCCGCGGCCCCACCAUGCCCGCGGGCGUGUCCUGGCCCACCUACCUGAAGAUGUUCGCGGCCAGCCUUCUGGCCAUGUUGGCGGGCGCCGAGGUGGUGCACAGGUACUACCGCCCGGACCUGACGAUACCUGAAACUCCACCAAAGCCUGGAGAACUCAGAACAGAGCUUUUGGGACUACAGGAGAAAAAACAUGAACCUCGGGUUUCUCAGCAGUAGAAACUGCAGCGUAGGACAGUGCCAAGAGCCCUGCGCACAAGUCAGCUUUGUAGCUCACUGACUCCCAGCGUUGCCCCUCGUGCUGCAGGGAUGCUCACUGGUAGGGGGAGCUUGUGUUACGGUCUGACCAGUAGCUCUUGCAAACUGCCCGAGUGCAUAUGGCGAGCUUCUUAAUGUCCUCUGGAAGAUGCUGGAUACCGUGUGAAGCGGCAUUGCCGUUGGCUCCUGCCGUCACAGUCCUGGCUGCUUUCUCUGAGUGUGGUUGCCUCUAAUGGCAAGUGGGAACUAUCAACGUAAUAAAAAGUGAUUUUUGCAGUGAA